AAAAAAAAAAAAAAAAAAACACAAAAGAAAAUGUCUACUUUUACUAUCUAUCUACCCCACAUACAUAAUGUUAUUUAUACGAUAGUAGGUUAUGUUAAAAUAAAGCAAAAAAAAAAAACAAAAUACAAAACCAAAUGAAUACAAUUAUUAUUAUUAUUAUUAUUACUUACGUACUUACUCCCGCCGCAUCACCGUGCCGUCGCGCAGCGCAUUUUCCUCUGACGCACUCUGCUGUGAUUGGCCGUUGGAUGGACGUGAACGUGGCUCACCCGUUGAACGUUCUGCGCGCGAAAGUAUUAUAUUUUUUAAUACCAAAAAUUUUAUCGCGCAUUCACAUUGCGAUUGAGGUAUAUCGCGGUCGUUACUGCAUUCAAUUAAAUCAACUUCAUUUAACAAAAACACAAUAUGCCACCCAAGACCAGCGGCAAGGCUGCCAAGAAAUCUGGCAAGGCGCAGAAGAACAUCUCUAAGACUGACAAGAAAAAGAAGAAGCACAAGAGGAAGGAGAGUUACGCAAUUUACAUUUACAAAGUGCUCAAGCAGGUCCAUCCUGACACCGGAAUAUCCAGCAAGGCGAUGUCGAUAAUGAACUCGUUUGUGAAUGACAUUUUCGAACGCAUCGCUGCGGAAGCAUCUCGUCUGGCGCAUUACAACAAGCGCUCCACCAUCACAUCCAGGGAGGUGCAAACAUCUGUACGUCUCCUUCUGCCAGGCGAGCUGGCAAAGCACGCAGUCAGUGAGGGUACCAAAGCUGUCACCAAGUACACCAGUUCAAAGUGAGAGCUACUAGCUAGAUAGUAAUGUAAAAUCGGUGGUGUGUGUGUGUAUGUACGUAAACGCACGCAUGCACGCAACCCGAACAUACAUACAACUUAUGUCAUCCAAAAGGCCCUUUUCAGGGCCACAA